ACAGCUUGGAGUUGGGCUGGGUCUGCGUGGGGCCCCAGAGAUGUUCCCCAGCCCUUUUCCCCCAAGAACCGAUGAAUAAGAUCAGGGGCCUCCCACCUGAGGUCAGGGAACCAGGCCCUGGAGUGGAACUUGGGGUGGAAGAUGGUCUUCUUUGUCAACUGAUUCAUUCUCCAGAAUUCAACUUGUUCUCCGACUCAGUGGUAUUUGAAAGCUACUUUAUCCAGGUCACUGAGCCGGGGAACUGGAUGGAUGUCUGUGAAGGACCUAUCACCAUGAUCCUUGGGGUGACCUCCUCAGUGCCCUGCCUACCACUCCCCAACGUCCUCCUCAUGGCCAAUGUCACCUGGCCCCGGAGUUGGUUUUCCACCCAGAGCACACCUGGCCAUGCUCCUGUUAUCACACUCCGCAGGAUUCUCCCCCUGAAGUAUGUGGAGCUACGAAUCUGUGACCGGCUCCAACGCAUCCUGAGGGUUAGGACAGUGACAGGAAAGAUCUACUACCUGAGGCUCCACGAAAAACACCCAGAGGCUGUCUUUCAAUUCUGGAUGCGCCUGGUGAAAAUUCUGCAGAAAGGCCUGUCCAUCACCACCAAAGACCCGAGAAUCCAAUUCACUCACUGCCUGGUGCCCAAGAUGUCCAGCAACUGCCCCGGGACAACACCUGAAAGCAGCCUCUCAUCAUCCUCCCAGCCCAGCGAGACCCUCAUGCUGGAGGCGGCUGAGAAGACCAGUGGCAGCUUCUCACAACUCUCAUCAAGGCCCCAGCUCACAGCAGACAGAAGCAUCAACACUGCCAUUGAUAUAGACAAUUUCAUCAGCAACAACAAGACACCCUUGCCAGUGGAAUCUUCCAUCAAUUUGAAAGUACCCAUGAGAGCCACCUUGAGCCACAGCCUCUGGGAACAAGAGGACCCAGAUGAGUACUUCCAGCACGUUCCUGUAGCCAGUUCCCUAGGAGAGCACUUUUUGGGACCCUGACACCUAGCCAAAACAGGGUGAUCUUCCCUGGCAUCCAUGCACUUGCUACCACCUCCUAUCACGCUGUUUUCCCACUGCAGGCUGAGUGACCCUGGGAGAGGUAAGAUGGUGUUUAUAACAAGGCGCUUCUGUGCUUCCACCAAUAAACCUCCAAG